AUGUCGAAACUCUCCGAGCCCCUGAAACAGUUGAUCAACGCGGCGCACGCCGUGCCCGGCACGCUGAAAGCGCCACCCAACAUCCGCUCCACAUACUCCCGAAUCGCCGCGAGCGCACAGGGCCGCGGCGUCGGCGUUCCGGCAUGGGUGACCAUAUCCACGGCGGCGACCAUGACGAUGAACUCACCGGGCUCGCUCGUCGAACUGUUCAACCUGGCUUCAACAGUCCCCUCGUCGCCGCUGUCCGCGCCCGAAACGGCCGGACUGAUGCGCGAGGCCGGGCUAAAGUGUAUUUCCUUCAACGGCAUACCACGCAGCAUCAAUUGUCUCGGGGCGUUCCGCGAAGGUCUGCCGCGCGACGUCUUCGACGCCAUCCCACCCCCGGCCUCGCGCAAGGUCGACUCCAGUAACGCCGACGAGGCCAUGGCGCGGGGCCGCGCAACCUGGGAUUCCAUCUACCGGCCAUUCGAGGUCAAGCUGUUAAACAAGCUGGCCCAGAGCCACCCGAACUUACCCGUGCACAUCCUCGCCGGACAUUAUGCGACAGUACUCUCGGACCCGGAGCCCGCGCCAGGAACAGAGGCGUUCAAGGUCGGCCGUGUGCUGACGUCUGUUGUGGGCAUCUCUUGUCUGCGCGCCCAGACGGGCGUGGGCCCACAGGUCACCAGCCACGUGUUUGGCUUGAGGAAGGCCUAUCAGGACGGCACGGCCGAGAAGGACGUGGAAGGCGGAGAGUGGCUUGCCAGCGACGAGGGAAAUCAGUGGAUCCUGAAUGUCGUGGAUGAGAUCGUUCAGGCCCUGGGCGAGGGACGAGGCUCCAGUUUUGCCCCGGGCAUGCAAGGUGUCAAGCCGAAGCUAUAG